UCUCGUCGAGCCCCGCGUGUCCCCUCUGAGUGCCCGUAACAUGUGUGUCGUGUUGUGCUCGGUCUGUUUUUAACAUGAAAGCUGAUCCUGCAGUGAAUGCAGAAAACGCCUGACGAUGGAAACCGAGCCGCUUUAAUGGCGGGACAGUAAGACCAAGAGUUUAUUUACACACUUAACAAACACAUACAACAUUAACUCCUAUAUCAGUGUGCAGCGGACUGUCCAGAAACACCCGGGUAGUUAGUGUGGACAUGAUCCGCUGCCACGCGCUGUUGGCGGGAGCUCUAGCGCGCGCGGCUCGGCGGUGUACCGCAGAUCUCCAGUGUGCUCAGGUCAAGCUGAAGCUGUGUGUCCGAGCUCAGAGACACUGCUGUGGGAGUCCACUGCAUGCCAUAGAUCAGAAACACACCAUGGAGGAGAUCAACAACAACUCUGUGUCCACACGACAAGAACAGAGCACUACACAACAGAUCAACACUACGAAGGUCAAGAAGGUCAAAAAAGCAAAGAAAGAGCCGAAGAGAGCAGCAGGCCAGAAGCAGAAGCAGAAGGAGGCGGAGAGCGCCAGCAGCCUGAUGGACGAGCUUCCCUUCUCCAGCACCGAGGUCUGGAAGGAGCUGGGAUUCUCCAGCGCAGACUCGAGCGUGAAGAAGAAGCGUAAGAGAGGAGACGGCGCUCGAGUGGAGACUGAGGAAGACGGUGAGAAGAAGAAGAAGAAGGAGACGGCUCGGCCAAACUACUUUGUCUCUGUGCCGAUCAUGAACCCAGAGAUCAAGCAGGCGGUGCAGGGUGUGCAGAAGCUGCUGCUGGAGAAGGACAGUCGUCUGUCUCGAGCGCUGAUACCUGUGGACACACUACACAUCACUCUACUGGUGACUCACCUGAGCACACAGGAGCAGCUGGAUCUUGCUGCGUCUACACUCUCAGAGCUGGAGUCUCCUCUGAACGCUCUGCUGGGGGGCCGCAGGCUGGUCCUGCCCUUCGCUGGAGUCGCACACUUUAAACAGGAAGUGGCUUUCGUUCCGAUCGCGGCGGGAGAGCAUCUGAGCACUCUCACGCUCAUGGCAGAGAGCAUCAGGAAGGCGUUUGAGGAGCGGGGCAUCGCUUCUGGAGAUAACCGAGCAUUCAAACCUCAUCUGACGUUUCUCAAACUCUCUCGAGCUCCUAAACUAUGCAGACAGGGCAUUAGGAAGCUGGAUCUGGCGCUGUUCUCAGAGUUGGAGGGCCGUGUGUUUGGUGAGGAGUGUGUGUGUAGAGUAGACCUGUGCUCCAUGCUGAAGAAGAAGAGUGCAGAUGGAUACUAUCACUGUGAGAAGAGCGUCCGCUUCAAAGAUGGUUUGUCCGUCUGUCAUCCUGCACUGAUGACAUCAUCUGGAGUCUGUGCAGUGAUUGGUGGAGACACGUAUCACACAGUCAUGAAGCCACACCCAGUUCUUAUAACAUCGAAUAACUAACUAGAAGCAAACCUAAUAGACAAUGGAGCACUUUUCACAUUCCCAUGUCAGACAGGAGGAGUUGCAUCACAAAUGUACUGGAGUAAAGAGUACACAUACUUCUCAAAAAUGAAGUUGUGUGAAAGUUGCUGAAAUCUUUGAUACUCAGUAAAACUCUUUUCUUGUCAAACUCUCUCUUGGACUCUUGUAAUGAACAAUGUAGCCCUCCAUCAAAACAUCUAAGGCAGUGAUACCUGAUGUUGUUGUUGCUUUUAAUGGCCUGUAUUAAUCCAAAUCCUGGUCCAGCUGGAAUUGUUUCAACUCCUUUGGAUUUCUUAAAUAGAUCAGGCCUUCGCAUUCUACACUUAAAUGUUCACAGCCUGUUCCCAAAAUUAGACCAAGUACAAGUGUGGGCCAAGACAACCAAACAGAUAUUCUAGUUAUCUCUGAGACAUGGCUGAAAAAAAAUUAAUCUCAAACCACGUCAUUGCAUUAGAAGGGUAUAAUGUUUUUCGAGCUGAUCGGAAAAUUUUCAUGCAACUGUUCUGAAAUCAGUUUCUCUCCCUAAACAGUUUGAGUUUUUGGCUAUCGACCUGGAAUAUGGAAAGGAUUGUCAUCUGUGUAUAGUUGGCUGUUGCUAUCGGUGAUGCUUUCUAAAGAUCUUGUAUUAUUGGGUGAUUUGAAUUGGGAUUGGUUGACAUCAAAUUCAGAUCAAUUCAGAGCAUAUUUUGAUUCUGUAAAUCUUACUCACCUUAUUGAUUGAACUACACGAUGUAAUCAUAAGAACCGUAGCAAGUCCACUUUAAUAGAUAUUAUACUAACUAAUAAACCGCACAAAUACACCUAUACAGGGGUUUUUCCUGAUUUCAGUGAUCAUUGUACUGUAGUCGCUAUAAGGAAUUGUAAAAUUCCCAAAGUAAAACCUAGAAGUAUUUCAAAAAGGAGCUUUAAAUGGUUUGAUACUCAAGGGUUUCUGCAUGAGCUGUUUGCAUCUGACUGGGAUCAUUUGUUUCUAAUACCCGAUGUGACCACUGCAGGGCAGUAUAUUCACACUUUAUUUUUGACGAUUCAGAGUAAAGGGCCGUGAUAAUCCUGGGUUCUCAAACGAAAGAUCUGAACUCCUUCAUGAAAGAAACUUGGCUUGGGCCACAGCGAGGAAAUCAGAUAUAGAUAGAGAUUGGGUAGCAUUUAGAACAUUGAGAAACAAAUGUACAGCUCUUAUUCGUAGAUCAAAAUCUGAAUAUUAUCUAAAUGAAAUAGCACAAAAUCUUAAUAAUCCUACUGGAUUUGUAAAACCAUCAACUCACUUUCGCCUUCUACGUUAUCUAAUGAUUUCCCUGAUCAAACUUUAGUAAAUGAUAGUCUCAUUACUAAUAGGACAGAUAAGUGCCAAAGUGUGCAAAUUAAGGGGUUUCUCUCUGAUAGGCUUAGUAUUGAAUCUGGUGUGCCACAAGGGUCCAUUUUGGGUCCCCUGUUAUUCACAUUAUAAAUUAACAAUCUUGGUGAUAAUCUAACAGAUGCAAGUAUUCAUUUCUAUGCAGACGACACUAUAAUUUAUUGUUUUGCGUCCUCCAUUGAUAGUUGUAUUUCAAAGUUGCAGGAAGCAUGUGUAAUAGUUCAGCACAACCUCCUCUCUCUAAAACUAGUUCUGAAUGAUAAGAAAACAAUAUGCAUGGUCUUUUCUAGGAAACAUAAGUGUGAAUCUUCUCCAUCACGUCUUUACAAUACAAGAACUGGUCUCCUCCUUCAAACACCUAGGCUUUGUGUUGGAGGAGGACUUAUCAUUCAAGUUACAUGUUAUACCAUUGUUAUCUAAGUUCAGGUUAAAGCUGGGGUCUUAUUUUCGGAAUAGUGCCUGUUUUUCACAGUCAGCCAGGAGUAAGUUUGUGGAAGCUACCUUCUUACCUGUCUUAGAUUAUGGAGAUGUUUUUUACAGAAAUACCUCUACGGCUCUUUUACAAUCAUUAGACUCUGUUUAUCACUCUGUUUUAGAUGUAUAUCUCGUACAGAUUAUUACACUCAUCACUGUGUAUUGUAUCAAAUGGUAGGUUGUCCCUCACUUCACUUAAGAAGAUACAAGCAUUGGCUUAUACUUGUGUAUGAGAUCAUAGUUGAACAGCUUCCUCUGUAUAGGAUUAGUCUAUUAACUGUUAAUAGUCAAAGGUAUAAACUGUGUUCAAAUAGAUAUGUUCCCUUAAUGAAGACAGAGUUUGGGAAAAACACUUUUAUUUAUAGUGCACUGCCUGGAAUGAGAUUCAAAGAUUACUGAAACUGUACUUAUUUCAGUCAAUGAGUUUAAGUCACUGAUCUAUAUCUAUAUGUUAUGUAUAUAUAUGCAUAAGUAUAUGUUCUAUAUUAUAGAUCAGUGGUUUAAGUCCAUAUCUCAACCAGACACUCCAAACUGUCUGUAUCUGUUCUUAAUUUAAUCGUGACACUUUGUGAUUAUUGUUUUAUGUACUUAUUUUACUUUGUCUGUUUCUAUCAUGUUCACUGUGUGCUGUUACCUUGGCCAGGGCUCACUUGUAAAUGAGAUAUCUAUCUCAAUGGGAUUUUUUCCCCUGGUUAAAUAAAGGUAUAAUAAAAAAAACUAAGUAACCGAAAAGAUACUUGAGUACAGUAACUAAUGUCAUUUACUCGCAUGCAUUACAGUAAGCCUGUGCUAACAGAGAGAGCUUAUGGUAAAGUGUUAGCUUGAUCUUGAUAUAUCUGCUGUGUUUCUGUCGUUGUUUGCUCAUCAUCUGAAUCAGAUUAAAUGUGAGUCCUUUGAGCUCUCCCUGGAUUAAAGCAGUGCAGUCUACUAAUGCUCAGUAAAUGAUCGUUCCGCUCCUUGAUUCUGAUUGGCUGAGCCAAGUUUCAAAGCUGUGGUAAAUUACUCUACAAUGUAACACACACCUUUGUUUACGUCUGUGUGUUGCUCGGCAACCACUUUGUAGCAGCCACAACUGUUUCUGAGGAGCUACAUUGUUUGGUGGAAGAAUACUGUGUUUAUUAAUAUCAUUACACUUUAUUUAGUGAAUCCUUACUACAUAUAUGGAACAACCAUUUUAUAAAAGUAAUGAGCCCAUUGAAGCCGUGGUUUACAGUGAAUUUAUGACGGCUAAGAGGGUUUUAGUCACUCCGCUUUGUGUCCUAAUGACAUACCUCAUUGCUUUAAUGAAUCCCAGUUCAUUAUAUUGAUCUCUCAUGUCUGUCAGAUGUUCAGAGAAACACACACUGAUCUCACAGAUCAGAUGUACAGUACAGAAAGAGUGCUGAUGUGGACAUGAAGACACUAGAGGUCAGUGUUGAUCUGAAACGGUCAGUCAGUCUCUCACAGCAUGGUUUGUGUCACUGCAGUAACUCUGUGGAGCUCCUCGGACGUCUCUGGGGUCUCCAUAAGAGGGUCAGAACGAGCACAAAUCCGUUUCUUCAGGCGGUCAGUCAGUGUCCGUCUCUCAAAGACACAUUGGGAUUUUGUUCCUUAAGCUUUUGUUUAGGGUUAAUUCAUUUCCACUGAGGUCAAAAUCUUUCGGGGACACAAAAGAUUGUUGUUCUCUUCAGUAGACAUUGGAUUUGCUUUUGUCUGUGCAUCAAUAGCUACUUUCGAAUGCCUCUGAAAGAAUCGAUCUAUAAUGGGUCAAUGAUUGAGUCUGGCCCUGAUGUAAACACAUCUGAUGAUCUGACUGAGCUCGUCUGAAUGGAUUGAAAGGAGGUCUGUGGACCUGAAAUAAUCUGAUCCGUAGGAACAAAUGAAGCAUGUAAAUGCAGUGCUGUGAUCGGUACGGUUACAUGCGUUUUGCAUUUGUUUUUGGUUGUAUUCUUUUUUUUAUUUUGUGGUUUCAGCUUGCUUUAAUGUUUAAUAAUUUAAUGUUUUGUGUGUUUAUCCCUUUUUUGCACAUAAUGUAAAGCAUGGCCUACUGUAUCCAUUCAUUAUAUUUGAUCAGAUGCACUUUGUGUUCAUAUCCGUCUGUUUGGAGGACAGAACGUGGCAGAUCUGGGCAGAGACUGAUUUCAUGUAAUCUGGGUUAUAUAAUCAGAUUACCAGUAUCAAGUGCUUACAGUUUAAAAUGCUUAUAAUCAGAUCACAGUUACUUUGGUAUGGAUUACAUAUGAUUUACACAAUGGCAGUAAAUUGUUCAUUAUUAAUUGAUUCGCCCUAAUAUUUCUCUUUUAAAGGGGUCAUAUGAUGCAAUUACAAUUUUUCCUUUCUCUUAAAAAUGAGCUACUGAUGAUAUAAACGCUAGUUUUGAGCAGUGUAGAGUAGCGCUUGUGGUUUCUCUGAUCACAAAUGCAGACAUGGUUUUAUGUUUAUAAUGCACAACACAUAUAAACUAUAUUAUAAUGUGCGAUACACAACACAUAAAAAUACAGUAUAUGUCAUAUCAACAAAUGCCUCAUUAGUAAUGAGUUUUAUUGGUUUUGUCUUGUCGCGCCGGGACACACAUCACAGUCUGGUGAGGGGCGUAAGAUUUCAUCACACGCCUGAAGUAUUCAGCCAAUCACAACACACUGGAUAGCUGGCCAAUCAGAGCACACCUCACUUUUCAGAAUGAUGAGCUUUGUAAAAAUCGACGUGUUUCAGAUAUAGAGGAGAAACAGUGAUGUACAGUACGAGGAAAAUAAUGUGUGUUUUUAGCAAUGUCAUAUUACUUUAAAUUUUCCUUUCUAAAAAUGAUUAAAAAGCUAAAUGAUUGUGAAUGGAAAUGACAGAAUGGUAGAAUAAUAAAUCAGAUAAAGGUUGAAGUGAUGGUAUUGAUAUCACCCCGUGCUGAAACGAUCACACAUCUUCACCAGACACCCUCUAUCACAUCGGCUCACGCUGGAUUAAAACCUGACGUUACUCUGAGGUUGGAACAUUCUGCACCAGUGUCCUUCAUCAGAUCUCUUCUCCCGUCUUCUAACUGGAUGAUUACAGCCCAUUGAAAAUACACAUAACCAGAAAUAACUGAGCUGCAUUAUUUCAAAACAGAAGUGUGUCACGAGGCUCAGUGCAAGCAGUCUGUUUGAUCCUCUCAGAUGUGUUUCUGAUGCUCGUCUGACACACAUCCUGCUGCUCGCUCACUCCCGCAGACGUGUGUGUGUGUGUGUGUGUGUGUGUGUUCUUGAUACUGAACUCAGACUUCCUCUUCAGUCAAACAGAAUAACCAGAAACUGAGACUGACAUAACAAACAUCAGCUCAUUAGCAUUUGUCCACCAACAUCUGUUCAUUAACUUGAACUUGUGGUCCCUCAUUAUACAUGCAGGGAGGUUAGCCAAUCAGAAGAGCUCGUGUGCAUAUAGAAGUCACGGAGUAGUUUGCUGGUGCUGGUGAUGGUUGUGUACAAGUGGCUUACCUUGAUUCCCAGACAGUGGAUUGCUGAAGUAUUGUGCAGGUAUCCUGUGCAGAUAUUUCUAGAAAACAAAACAUUUCCUUCUCAUUCACGCUCCUGUCCACCCACAGAUCUGUGUUUGAAUCAGAAUACACAACUACAUAUAAUACAUUGUAUUACAUACAAAUACAGCUCACAACAGGCUUAUGAGUUGGGUUCCCGGGGAACGCAUGAACUGAUCUUGAGUCACUUUUGAUGAAAGCGUCUGCCAAAUGCAUCAUAUGUGAAUGCCCAUCAGUGAGAGAAAGAUGCUUUUAAGAAACAGUAGUCACUGAAACAGCUCAACUUUACUUGAUUCUUUGCAAAUCUUUUAUUUAUUUAAAUCAGCGAGUCUUGAAUCUGAUCAAUAGGUUUUUGAGGAACAUUUGUUUGUUCACCUCUCAAUCAUCAUUGAAUUGCAUUGCAUGGAUUUUGAUUGCAUUGAAUUGAUUUACUGUACAUUACAAGCAUCAGAAUUUCAUCAUAUAAAUAUCAACAUCUGCAACAAAUUGUUCAUUUUGGCUCAGUUUGGGCUUCUGAAUGAAACUGAGGUGUUUUUGUGAGAUCCAUAUUCUCUGCAGAGUUGUAUUUUAUAUGCAUGCUUAAUAGAUGACAUUUUUCUGCCACACUGUCCUGGUCUAACAGCUGGUUACAGUGUUAUUGUGAUGUGAUUGCUUCAUAGAUGUAUUGUUAAAAUCCUGUAAUGCUAUCAGUGUUAAGCACGCGCACACACACACACACACACAGUGUGGUGAUGUUGUCUGACCGCGGCUCAUCUAGGAUAAGCUCAGCUCUCUAAUCCUCCUACACAACUCAUCCACACAUUUCCAAGAACCACGCUCCUCACUUCUGCAUCUUUCUGAUCCGAGAGCAUCCCUGUCUGCUUCACAUCCACACAGUGCUCAGAAUCCCUGGAUAUGGUCGAGGAAAGAUGUCUCUCACCAUAAUGCUUCUCCAGUUUGGUGUUCAGUUCACAUUACUGUGUAUAAUAUUUAGCAUUGAUACAGUAUUGUGGUAUGGUGAUUGAGUCGUGGUUAUGCUUAGAUCAUGCAAACUCAAGCUGAUUCACAAGGGCAUGACACAAUGUGAUUUAUUCUGAUUUUCAACAAUGUUUCAUUAUUGUCGAUAUUCAUUUAAAAACAUCCAACUGCAGCAGACCAUAACCAUUGCUUACAUGAAAUAAAUGUUUACUUAAAAUCAAUUUUUAGUGCUCACAAAAUUCAUACGUUAACCCAUGCAGUGAAUUUUUCUCAGUUUGAACGCAUCAAGCUGAAAAAAAUUCACUGCAUACGUUAACGUGUGAAUUUUGUUUAAAGAUUAAAGCAACACUGUAAAUUUUGGUGCUCUAUCGGUUAAUAAACAGAACUGCACACAUCCCCACGGAAGAACUACUCCAAGUUUAUGUCUAUGGCGAUUCACGCAGGUAGAUGAAUUUGAUAUAGUUAUGGAGUCAAUA